ACCGUCGUCGCAGGCCAAUCGCGGACAGGUGCCAACAUGGCCGCUACUGUGCUGCCUGCUCGUCUUCUCGUGACAUCGCCCUUUGUCCCGACGGUGCACUCCUAGAUCGGUGAGGAGCGAGAAUAAGCAACCGGGAGAGAAGGAGAGAAGGAGGGAAACAAAAAAAGAGAGAGAGAGAGACGACGGCACCUUAGAUGGGACGGCGAACUUCAAUGGAAGACUUCAGCUAGCAAAAUGUCAACCCGGUCGCAGCUCACGAAGGAUUUAAACGAAUCGGUGAAAGCGCUACUUGGCAAGCAUGUGAAGAUACUGCUGAAGAAUGUGGUGAAGUUGGAAACGAAGCAGGAUAAACAGGAGAAUCGUGUUCUCGUGUUUUCGCCAUGUCGCCUCUUUCUCUUAUCGGCCAAAGUACCCACAAGAAUCGACUGCCAUUUUCACUACCUAGAAAUAACGGCCAUAGAGUCGAGGAGGGCAAAUCAGCUAUGUUUGACCGUCGGAGAGCGAUACUACAAUUUUACUACGAACAGCGUCGGCGGGGAUACCACGGAGGUGGACGCUAUGAUAGAGGCCUUACACACGGCGAUUCGAAAUAUCUUUCCUACUGUACCGUUAAAUUACAUUAUACGAAAAAUAGAGGUAAUACCAGCUAGCAGACUGCAGAGUAUACGAGGGAGCGAGUUAGCUAGGAGCACAGAAGCCACAAGACACACUGGGCCCUGCGGCGGCUUCUCCACUCAGUAUGCUUGCAUGUGUGACUUGCACGGUGUACCGUACAGGGAGGAAGUGGCCUGGGUGAGAUUAAUGGCAUCCUUUCCGAAACUUGCUCUAACAAUGCAUGAAAUUGUCCGCCAAAAAUCUUAUUCAGAGAUAUACGAAUUUCAGGACGUCGAUACAAUAUACCUUUCGCACGACACCAGGGAGCUGAAUUUGAGAGACUUUGAUCAUUUGGAUCAGAAGGACUUGGUGCCAAUUAUCUCGGCCUUGGAGUAUAACACUUGGUUCACGAAAUUAAGAGCGUCCCAUCUCAAGCUGAAUCACGAGCCCCUAGAGAGACUGUUGCACGUUAUGCGAAGAUCCUUGUCCAUUCAGGAGCUUUAUUUGGACAAUCUCGGGAUUAAGUGGGAUUUUGCUCACAAGCUGUCGUUAGCCCUGAUUUCUAACGCUAACACGAUGCUGCAAACGAUAGAUCUGUCGCACAAUAUGAUCGAGGACAAAGGAGCCUCUAGCUUGUGUGGGAUAAUAGCCAAGUUAAUGCAAGGUGGUACUCAUCUCAGCGGUCCUAUCGGCAAGUUGCCUAAAGGUUUACAAAAGUUGAAUUUGGCCCACUGUGGAUUGACCGGGAAAGGUAUAAGCCAAAUAGCGCAUGCAUUAAGCUUGAACAGAAGCAUGCCGACUAGUUUGCGAUAUCUGAAUCUUUCGGAGAACACCUUGAAAGACGAUGUCAAUAAUUUGUGCAAUUUCUUGGCGCAACCUAAUAGUUUAACACACCUAGAUCUUAGCGGUACAGAUACGACUUUAGAAUGUUUAUUCGGAGCAUUAUUACGGGGUUGUGCAACUAAUCUAGUCCAUCUGAACGUUGCCCGGAAUUCUUUUUCGAGCAAGAAGACCAAAGAAAUACCUCCGAGUUUUAAGCAAUUUUUCACGGCGACUCUCUCGUUGAAGUACUUAAAUAUAUCUUCGUGCAAAUUACCAUUGGAGGCAUUGAAACACCUGCUACUCGGUCUGGCGUGCAACGAAAGUACAGUUGGCCUAGAGCUUGACAUGAGCGGAAACAAUCUGGGUUCCAUGGGCGCGCAUGUUCUGGAAUCGUGCAUUCACGGAGUUCGGUGUAUAGCGUCGUUGGAUAUAUCGGACAGCAACAUGGACGUCGAUUUGGCGCAAGUUGUGACGGCGGUGGGCAAGAACAAAUCGAUAAAGCAGCUAUACAUGGGACGUAAUACCGCCAGUAUGAAGAGCAAGCACAUAGCCGUCGUGAUGGACGCCCUGGUACAAAUGCUUCAGGAGGACGACUGCGUCCUUCAGGCGUUGCAUCUACCUGACUCACGAUUAAAGGGCGACCUCUACAACCUGAUCAACGCUCUUGGCAGCAACACGUGUCUCCACACCCUGGACAUUAGCGGUAAUCAGAUAGGUGAUCCCGGCGCGAGACUGCUGGCGAAGGCGUUGCAGAUCAAUAAUCAUUUACGGACUAUUAUAUACGACAAGAACAACAUCACGUUACAAGGCUACGCGGACAUCGUUCACGCUCUAGAGAAAAACUGUAGCGUACGGCAUAUGCCGUUCCCGAUUUACGAUCUGCAACCUUGUAUGAAAACCUCCGCGGAGAAAACGGAGCAGUUAGCCAAGAAGAUACAAGAUCUGCUGCAGAGAAACGUCACGCCGUGCAAAUACAGCCACGGGCAGGCAUUCAGGUUGCAACAGGGAUUUCUGUUGAGCUCCACGCAGCAAAUGGUCGACAGACUCGUCGUACAAACCCAGGACACCAUCAAGGCCCUCGCGGCGGAGAGCUGCGACGCUAAUAACGAUAUCAAUUAUGCGACCGGGCUUAUACAAGACGCGGAUAAUUCUAAACAGCUACUGCCAAGAUUACACGAAGUGCUUCAAAGACGUGACGAGAAUAAUCCAAUCGAGUUAAAGCUGCACGAUAUGGCGAACGAACUUCACAAAGUUAUAACGGUAUAUCUGCAGGAUUCUUUGGACGCGAUGAUAAAAUGCGCGAAUGAGCAAUGUCCUACUAUACUUUCGCAAACGGUGAUCAGGGGCGAUGAGAGUGAACCGAUCGCGGUGCAAGACGAUCUUCGUAAUACCUGCAAGGAGAAAAAUCAAAUCAAUAACGAAUUCAUACACACCACUGUUACCGAACAAGCUGGCGCAGAUAUUGUUAAUAGAGUCAAUGAACUCAAUUUAGCAGUUGCGGCGCAUAUAUCUGACAGAAUCACAGACGAGGUAAUCGAGUCUUUAUCAAGAAGUUAUAAAACUUUGAUUGGCGAUGAUAGCCGAACACGAAGCAGCACACCAGAUGUUUUACGACCUAGCGCCGGCUCGAUGAGCAGCGGAAGCGUGAUAGGCGUGACUAGCGCGAGCGGUGUCUCCAUGAGUUUAGCUCCUGGCAGAGCCAGCCUCGCGUCCGAAGAAGAUUGUCCGCCGGAGACAUGCUCGCUGGCAGAUUCCAUUGGUCAGUGCGUCAGCGAUCAAUCACCGAUGGCGACGCCACAUCUGUCGAACAAGCGUAAAAGUCUGCACGGAAGGAAAUUGAGGCCCAAGUCCGUGGUGGAUUCGGUAGAAGGCUUAUCCGCUGAUGAUAUACCGGAUCUCUUGCCGUCAUUGCCGAAGAAUCAAGCGGAAGCUAUCUCAGAAACCGAGCACUCAUUGACCGAGUCGUUAGAUUCCGUCUCGGAAUUGCCCAACACCGUGGGUCAGCAGUUGCAGCAUCUGGUCAAGUCUAGACCGCGCAGAACGAAAACGCGAGCGCCUACGAGACCGAUGUUGAGACCUGAUCAACCGAUCGACGGUCUCGCUCUGGGUGAGGGUCUUGACGUGUUUUUCCGACCUACUACACCUACCACGCCUUUGAUAUCGCCUACGAGCGACGACAGCUCUCUACAUACCUUCCCAACGGAUGGCAGUCCUAAUCUAUCGCUGACGAGCCACAAGAGCAUUCCACCCGACAUGGAAAAGAAGCACAACUGCAAUUCGCCGAUGUUAAAGACGCUUUUAGAGCCCGCUCCACGCUCGCGAUCCAGCGACAACUUGGAAAAAUUUUCCCCCCUCGUCGGUAGAAGAUCACAAGGUGAUUCUCCGCUUACCGCGUCACCGCUCGCCCGAAGAAACACCACGGACAGUGCUCAGGCCCACGAGAGAUCGAAAGGCGAGGCUUUCGCGAAGGAGACUUGUAGCAGCCCCGCCGGGAACGACGCGAGCGAUGAUUCUAAGCGCAGCACGCUGACAAACGUGUCCAGCAUGAGCCCGCGCGGCUCGCACGACAUCGACGACACCUUCGGAGCGAGCACGUCGGAGAAGGACCAGGAGAAUCGUAAGAGUGCCGUGAAGAAGUCCACAACCGACGCGGAUAAGUCUUCCUCGUCCGUCAAGCUACGGUCGACCGGUCACGAUCUGAGAAGUCCGAUAAACAGUAACAGCAGUGGCACCAAGGGCACAUCCGACUCGGCCAAGUCUCCUGUAUUGAAACCGUUGAAGAGUAGCGGGUCUACGAGCGACGGGAAGAGCAACGGCUCGCUUAUGAAAAAUAAGCCCACCCCACCGGCGACGGCGCCUAAACCGCGACCGUGGAGCAUGGCUACUGAUCGAAAAUCCGGAGAAUUUAGUCUGUUGAGCGACGGCUCUAGUCCGAACACCUCGGCCGGCAACACGCCCGAUUCCGGUGACGCGCUCGACGAGUCGACCGACAGCGGUGUCAGCGGGCCGGCUUCCUUGCCGCCGACGUUAUCGGCGAGCAGCACCGCGAGCUCGUUGAGCAACACGAGCGUGGAGAAGAGAUCGGUGAGGGAAUUGGCGGCGAGCCUGAACAAGAGCAAGACGGACAGGAAGGAGAACGAGCAUGCCACACCUGCAGCAUGGCGGUCGCUACUCCAACGUUCUGUCGACCGAGCAGAUGCCAAGGCAACGGAAGUGCCGAAAAUGGUUGAGGAGAGUCGCCUCAGCUUUAAGCUUCGUCGCACUUCAUUCCUGCGCGAUUCAAACUUCAAUUACAACAACAACGACGUGGUCGACGUUUGACGUCGCGCACGGACGGAUGGUCAGCGUUGCGCCGUAAGGAGCACUUUCUUCCGUAUGCUGAUGCCGGGAUAAUCUGGCACGCGAGAUUGCAACAGUACUUUUCGUCUUCGUGCCAUAGAAAGUCUUUUAUCGUGUAUAUAAAUAUACAUAUAUACAUAUAUAUACGUCUCGACCGGUUUUAACAUUAGAGACAGGGUACUGAAGGUUUUUACAGCAACUCAAGUACUGUGUUCUGCUGUUAAAGUGGCAUUAGAGAAUCUCAUACUAGUUUUAUAUGACGCCGCGUAUUUACACGCGACCGUAAAUUUCGACUUAUUGUUAGUCGUACUCAUCCGUAUUGUCCGUAUACGCUUUACCAAUACAUUUCAUGUACGAAGACCAAUUAAUUUUAACCGUACGUUUCGAUCUUUUUUUUUUUUUUAUUAAGAUACUUGACACUUCCAGUGAGAUUAAGUCCCAUUCCGUCGGAUUCUUAGCGAGCGAUAUAUUACGAUGCCACGUGAAGAUAUUAAACGAGAGUGUUUUACUCUUUGAGGAUUCGUUUUAUUAUGUACAUACAUACAUUAUAUAUUGUUUGUCUACGCAUUUCAACAGCGAGAAUGUCUAGAAUAGACAAGACACAUUUCGUAGCCAGAUAGGCGUCUUCACUUUUGAUAAGACGUUAAGGGUAGCGGAAACUGAAAUAGGAUAACACAUUGCGAGUGUCUUCCAAGAUCGUGUAACAAGUUGCAACAAAGAUAACGUCCGUUAUAAUAUGUUUCGUCAAAUGCGAUAUGUCUUUAAUCUGUGAUUAAUUUGUAGAAAUGAGAUUCAGUUUAGUUGAAGUUCCUGUCACACGAUAAUACGUUUUACUGUCUAUAGAUAAGUGUGCUAGCAGAUGAAUCCUUCCGCUUGAUAAAUUCUAAAAAUGGCAGCUUUUAUUAUAUUUAUUACUUAUAUUUAUGUGCAGCUAAUAGUUUCUUUAUCGGACGAUGGAGUUGAUCGCGCGUAAAACGAGAACUUAUCUUUACAACAGAUAGAUUGAAUUCAUUUUGCCGCACAAGUUGGUAUCCACUAUUUUACGGAGAUAUUCUAAAUUGAAUCUCAACUUCUAGCAACGUGAUACUUUUCUGAAAUUGUUUUACUGCGGAAAUUGAAAUUGUAAUCGAAUGAAGCGUUAACAAUCAUUGUGAACGUAAAAUUUAUCACGGGAAAUUCGUACGCGCCAACCAAUGGGCGCGUUUUUAACGUUGUAGACAGAGGAUGUAGAAUUCUAGAUAUAUCUCGUCGUUCAAUUGAAUAGGACUAACAAUACAAGAUUAUUUAUCGAGGUACCUUGCGCUGCGAAUUUUUCAGAUUCGAAUGAAUCUUUUUUUGUAAUGAAAACGUUCUUUAUAGGCAUUAGAUCAGUACGGAAUUAUAUAAUCGUAUCGAAGACGUACUUGCCCUUUUAUAUAGCGACAAACGCGUGUACAUAUAUAUGUAAAAAAAAAAGACUUAUGUAUAAUAAUAAGGCCCGUGGGGGAGAAUCCCACGAUUCUUGUCGAUCGAAGCGAAGUAACGCGGGAAAAGGAUCGAAACGUCUCUUGUGAAUUUUUUUACCGCUUAACCAUCAUCACGUAACAUUGAUAUUGAUCCCUUAUACGAUGGAUACAUAGGACAUGUGAUCGUUGCAUCUUAUCAUGAUAUUAUAUCCAUUAACAAUGGAGAGCGUUUUCUCCCUAACGUUAAGCGAACGAGUAUUAAGGUAUCGUGUUAAUAAAAAUUAUUGUACGCGUGUGUGUGUGGCGCGCGCGCGCGUGCGUGCGUAUGUAUGAGCGUGCAGGACGUAUUUAGGUUGUAAGACCGAUAAAAGGCGCGUAAGAAAGAUGCGAAUUGUUCAACCUACACGCGCGAGACGCGCGUGAGAUCGUAGAUAUAUAAUUGCGGAUCUAUAUAAGACACCUUUAAAAGGAAAGAGAAAACAUCGGUCCUAAAGCGUACCUCUUUUUAAACUUAACACUUGGCGGAUUCCGCGAGGGGGGACUCGCGCCCUCGAAUUUGCAUGGUCUACUAGAAUAAACGUAAGAAAGUCUCGUAUUAAUACUUAAUCGAUCCGAGGGAUAGACACUCCACUCGUAAGGUCGUCUUUGCGAUAUUUACUUUUAGGCACGCGUUGUCGGCCAGGUUUAUCGGACUUGCCCCCCUAGGGGGUGGGAUAUUUUUAAACGCAGUCUCGUGUAUUCGACUAAAAACUUACACACUAUAACGCAUCUUUUUCCGCGUUACGAGCGACUUUUGUAUGCGGCGUACACGCACCGUCUUACAUGUCGACCGCGAGAGAGAGAGAGAGAGAGAGAGAAAUCGAGCGUCGUCGCGUCGUGAAACGACUCUGCCGACCACUGUGCCAAAACGUCUUGUUAUACAGCGAUUAUACAGCACGUCUUUUGUACGAUUAGAGGAGAAACUCGUUCCACCCUUGCCACCGGCUGUCGUCCGCCGCGUCGUCGUCGUCGUCGUUUGUAAUCGCGUACACUUAAAUUUGGUACGAUUCCACGAUACUGUACAUAAUCGAGGAUUCAGCCAGUAAUCUCUCAUUCCAUGGCGUUACUUACUAGAACCGGGGUCGCGUUAAUCUCAUUCGGUGUAUAUGUGUGUAUAUAAUACAUAUUUAUGGAGGGACACACACAUAUGGAUGUAUAAAGGGAGCGAAGGAAAGUGAUGCAGGUGCGUGUGCGUGACGUGUGUAAUGUAGCGUGUGAUAUAUCGUAUUUAAAUCUUCCCCCGAUACACACACAUUCCCCCCGUAUGCAUUACACGACAUUAUACAUACAUCUUCUAUAUAUAUACAUACGAGCGCGAGAAAGAAAUGAGGUAAAGAUAUAUGCGAGACGAAAUAUAUUGUGAAUAUUAAUAUCUUCGACGUCAUUGCGCCCGCUCGAACGGGAAUCGAGCGAUCCCCCAGCGAUGUUAACAUUUGCAAUCUAUUUUGCCGGACAGCUUGAUAGAAGCGCGACACAUAAUCCGUUAAUAAUGAAUAAAAUAAAGACUCGUAACCACACAUGUA